CAUUCCUCCACCUCUAAUCACAACCGCAAUGGUCCUCAAGAUACACGGUCAUGCUAACGCUCCCCUCGUCAGACUCGUCGCAGAAGUCUGCCGAGAGAAGGAAGUGCCGUACGAGCUUGUGAACGUGGAAGUCUACAAAGGGGAACACAAAACACCCGCCUUCAAAGAGUUCCAACCUUUCGGACAGGUCCCUUACAUAGAUGACGACGGCUUCAUUCUCUAUGAAUCCAGAGCCAUUUGCAGAUACAUCGCAAAGAAGUACGCAUCACAAGGCACCCCAGACCUCGUGCCCCGUGAACCCAAAGCGGAGGCCAUCUUUGAACAAGCGGUGUCAAUCGAGACGUCGAACUUUUACCCCUUUGCGCUGGGUAUCACCGCGGAGAAAAUCGUCAAGAAGCAUCGUGGCCUCGAACUAAAUGAAGCCAGGUUGUCGGACCUGGUGAGCAACUUGAAGGCAAAGCUGGAUGUAUACGAGGUUAUACUCGGAAAACAGGCAUAUCUUGCAGGAGGUAGCAUUACCUUAGCCGACUUAUUCCAUCUUCCGUAUGGAACAAUCGUAUUCGAAGAAUUGGGGUACGACAUGUUGGAAGAUAGACCGAAUGUGGCAAGGUGGUGGAAGGACAUCACUGCGAGGCCUUCGUGGCUCGCGGUCAAAGCCAACGCUUAGCUAGGCGUGUCAAGGACUCGGCACUAAGUACUAAAGUCAUUUAUGUAAGAUACGUAUAAGCUUGUAUAAGUAGGAGAAGUGAAUCUGAUCGAACUUCACGUCAAUAACGGUUCGAUUGUGACUUGUCCAGACUCCGUUCUACGUAAGUACGGAGAACGAGGAAGGCGCGCCCGGCAUUUGCCGCACAUUCUUGCUCUGGGACCAACACCUAGGAGCGACUCGGACGUGCUAGUAUAUAGGCCCAAUUCAAUCUCUGCGCGCAUCAUUUGGUUAUGUACUCGAGUGGCC